ACAGCAUUGCUAAUAAUAUCGACUUACUAAGUUUAGCACACUGCCCUUGAGCAGCCUGUGCUUCUUGACUGUAUAAAUACGAGCUACUGGAACCGUCAAAAUCAUAAGUUCUCCAUGAAAGCCGACUCCAAGACACGAAGAAACAAUUUGAACGAUCCUUCAACGACGCCCUGGGCGUUCAAGACUUUUGGCCAACCGCAAAUCUUUUUAUCGAGUCGAUAAAACGCAAGUCCUGUCGACUAACGUGGAACAGAAGAUUACCAGUCGCAGCAGCGGCGAACCAGCUAUCAAGACGUGAGUGCUGUACGUCUCAGAACAAGAGAACCCUGAACAAGAAUGAGUCUUACAAUGUUUGGGGGCGACCAGGAACAGGUGUGCCUGAGCUUUCAGCCCCCUGAACAAAACAGCUCCUUCUGUGAGUCAACAACAUCGGUUGAGGUUGAAGAAAACCUUUUUAUCUUUGCUGAUCUGGUUCCACUUGUCCCUUGGAUACCUCAUUUUUUCCUCUGGGCUGUAACUCCAUGGUAUCUCAUCUGCUUCCUGUCAACUGGGAAGACUACCAGUCCCAUUGGAAAACUUGGGAAAAUGAAGAUGUCCUGCACUUUGUUUAUGGCUACCGUUUCCGCUGUGCAACUUACGAGAAUGAGCAAAAUCAAGGUCAUGCUGGACAGCAUUAGUGGUCACUACUGCUGCCACUGGGCGAGGCUGGCCUCUCUGAUGCUGACCACAAAGCUAACGACAAUUGAGAGACAACGAGGCACCCACUACUCCUUUCCUCUCUUCGUGUUCUGGGCUCUAAUGUUGGUUUCUGAUUCACUGUCCUUCAUCCAAGAUGUCAGCUCCGAACUUUAUCUCCGUGACCCCUUCACCUUUGUACUGUGUGCUUGCUGCGUUAUCGGAGCUCUGAUCCACUUUGUAAUCUCUUCUCUGCCCGACUCAAGAGUUCCAGCACCGGAUGCCCACCCAGAAGAACUGACUUCUCUUCCCGGGAAACUCACUCUGAACUGGAUCACUGGCAUAGUCUGGCGUGGUUAUAGAAACGGUCUAAAAGAAGAAGAUGUGCCUCACUUGGCUGCACGAGACAGAUGUCAGACUCUAUCUCCGGCUUUUGAAAAGAUUUGGGACAAAGAGGUGGCUGUUCUCCAAUCGCGUGAAGGUACAAAGAACAAGCAGACUGAUUCAUUGAGGGAAGGAAAGUGUCAGAAAGAAGUACAACCCCCAAAGGUAAAUCUUCUAAAGGUUCUGCUAAAACGAUUUGGUGCUGAAUAUUUGACAUAUCAAUCCAUCAAACUGUUCUUCGAACUUACCAUGUUUGUGGAGCCACUGUUGAUGGGUUGUUUCCUGACACAUUUUCAGCACAGAGACACGGAACCAUCCUGGAAAGGCUACGCCAUUGUGAUGGGCUUGUUUGCCUCAACGCUUAUCACCAACACAGGACACAAUCGAGUGUGGACGUCAGUUGACAGACUGUCUAAGAACAUCAAGAGUUCUCUCAAAAUGGCGGUGUACAAGAAAGCGUUAAGUGCUAGAAACGAGGGCAAGCGAGACAUUACCACCGGCGAGAUCGUAACCCUGGUCGCAGACGACUGUGAAAAGUUGGUGAACGCCAGCAACAUCGUCUUUCUCAUUUUGGCUACCCCUGUUCAAGUGAGUGUGGCUCUGUACAUGCUCUAUCAACAAUUGGGAACGGGAGCUUUCGUCGGUUUAGCCAUCAUGUUGUCACUUAUUCCCCUCAACGCUUGGGUAGGCAAAAAGCUGAAGAAAUUUGAAAAGGAAAAGAGUGACAUUAAAGACAAAAGGAUCAAAAUCAUGAAUGAAGUUCUGAACGGCAUAAAGGUACUGAAACUGUACGCGUGGGAGAAGUCGUUUCUUAAGAAAGUGAUGUACUCCCGGGAUCAAGAAGUGAGCUUGCAUAAGAAGAUGUGCCUAAUCCAUGCUGGUAUUGACUUUAUGUUCUGUACCAUCCCCUUCAUGGUGCGUGUUGGUGGCUUCAUGACCUUUGUCUGCCUUGGAGGCUACCUCGAUCCUUCCACAGCUUUUGUGACCACGUCUUUGUUUGCAAUCUUAAACAAACCUUUCAGCAUCAUGGCCAUCAUUAUACCAGAGUUUGUUCAAGCAUCUGAUGCUCUGGCAAAACUGAACAAGUUUCUGAACCUUGAAGACAUUCCAGAAGAUAUUGUCAAGAAAACCAGUGUCUGUGAAGAGUCAAUUACGAUCAAAGAUGGUGUAUUCACCUGGGACAGAUCUAGCUCAAAGAACUGCAUUGAGAACAUAAACGUGAGCAUUCCAACAGGCCAGCUUGUCGCCAUCGUAGGAAUGGUAGGAUCAGGAAAAUCUUCACUUCUUUCAGCUAUGCUUGGAGAAAUGGAAAAAGUGGAGGGAGACGUUAUUGUGACUGACUCAACCGCCUACGUUCCCCAAGAGGCUUGGAUUCUAAAUACAUCUUUGAAAGAGAACGUUGUAUUUGGAACCGGCUAUAACACUGAAAAGUAUAACAAGGUAGUGGACGCAUGUGCUUUGAGAGAUGACUUCAAACUGAUGUCUUCGGGCGAUAAAACCUUAAUAGGAGAAAAGGGCAUCAACUUGUCCGGGGGACAGAAGCAGCGUGUGUCUCUAGCCCGGGCUGUGUACGCCGACACGGGAAUCUACCUCUUGGAUGACCCACUGAGCGCGGUGGACGCUCACGUCGGAAAACAUAUCUUUGAUCAAGUGAUCGGGCCUAGAGGGAUGCUGAAAGGCAAGACUCGUGUGCUGGUAACCCAUGGUGUGCACUGGUUGCCCUACGUUGACUCCAUUCUCGUUAUGAAAGAUGGGCAGAUCCAAGAGUCGGGAACCUACAAACAGUUGCUGGAACAAAAUGGUGUUUUCUCACAGUUUGUGCAACAAGUAACGAUGACUGGGAGGAACGAAUGUGAGAGCAACAGAUCAACGUCUGAUGUAGGAGAGACAGUGUCUGAUCAAGACGACAAAUCCUCUAAAAAUACUGAAGAAAUUCCAAAGACCGAAGAAGUUGAACCGUGCAGUAAUAAGAUGGAGGACGAGGUUAAGGACACAGAAGAAGAGAUUGUCGAGGACGAUGAAGAAGAAACACAAGUUGGUACGUUAGGAAUGAAAGUGUACAUGGACUAUUUGAAAGCAUUUGGGUUUAAAUACUGCGUUAUGUGCAUUGUUAUGUUUGGACUACACACAUACUUUAAUGAAAGCAAAGAUCAUUUGAUGGCGAAGUGGUCUGAUGACGAUCUCCUUUCAAACCGACUCCUCGCGGAAACUCAAGAAUACACAGACAGAUCCUGGAAUUAUCUUUCUUCGUUUACCAUGUACGGUGUUGCUGAGGUCCUUCUUUCGUUUGGGUUCAUCAGCUUGGUGCUAUGCCGAGGUUGUGAGGCUGCCCAACAUCACCACAACAAGCUACUUCUCAACAUUCUACGAUCUCCUAUGUCAUUCUUCGACCUCACACCCACCGGGAGGAUCAUCAACCGGUUCUCCAAGGACAUCGGCUCUGUGGACGGGCUAGGAGGCUGCCUGCGCGGCUACAUUGCCUCUGUGGGCUGGUUAUCGGUUUGCUUUUGCAUGGUUUUAUACACAACCCCAGGUAUUAUCCCCUACAUGGUCCCAGUAACCGUUGUGUAUCUCGCAAUGCAGCGUGUCUUCAUCGCCAACUUGCGCCAACUUCGCAGAUACAGACAAAAGUCACGAUCUCCAGUGUUUGUUCACCUGAACGAAACCCUCAAUGGAACUGACUCCGUGAGGGCGUACAGCGUGGAGGAGCGGUUUAUCAACAAGAUGGAGGACAAACUAGAGAACCUGAUGAAGUUUGAAAUGUCAGAGCACUGGUUCCAUGCCUGGUUCGAUAUGCGCAUGACCGUCCUGUGUUCCGCAGUCACCCUCAUUUCUGGUCUGCUGUUGUUAUGGGAUACCAGAAAUAGUCUGAUAAUGUUUGAGGACGACCAAGAACAGGUAUGCUUGGGCUUUCAGCACCCUGAACAGAACAGCUCCUUCUGUGAGUCAACAACAUUCGUUGAGGUUGAAGAAAACGUUUUUAUCUUUGAUGAUAUGGUUCCAUUCGUCACUUGGAUACCACAUUUUUUCCUCUGGGCAGUCGCUCCACUGUACCUCAUCUGCUUCCUGUCAAGUGGCAAGAUUACCAGUAACAUGGGACACCUUGGACAAAUGAAGAUGACCAGCACUCUGUUCAUGGCCACCAUCUCCGCUGUGCAACUUACGAGAACAAGCAAUGACAAGGUCACGCUGAAUAGCCUUACUGGUCACUACUGUUGCCACUUGGCGAGGCUGGUCUCUCUGAUGCUGACCACAAAGCUAGCGACAGUAGAAAGACAAAGAAGCACCCACUACUCCUUUCCUCUCUUCGUGUUCUGGGUUCUAAUGCUGGUUUCUGACUCGAUGUCCUUCUUCCAAGAUGUCAGCUCCGAACUUUAUUUCCGUGACCCCUUCACCUUUGUGCUGUCUGCUUGCUGCGUUAUCGGAGCUCUGAUCCAGUUUGUAAUAUCUUCUCUGCCCAACUCGAGAGUUCCAGCACCGGAUGCCCACCCAGAAGAACUGACUUCUCUCCCCGGGAAACUCACUCUGAACUGGAUCACUGGCAUAGUCUGGCGUGGUUACAGAAACGGUCUAAAAGAAGAAGAUGUGCCUCACAUGGCAGCACGAGACAGAUGUCAGACUUUAUCUCCGGCUUUUGAAAAGAUUUGGGACAAAGAGGUGGCUGUUCUCCAAUCCCGUGAAGGUACUAAGAUCGAACAGACGGAUGCAUUGAGGGAAAGAAAAUGUCGGAAAGAAGUACAGCCCCCUAAGGUGAAUCUUCUAAAGGUUCUGCUCAAACGAUUUGGUGCUGAAUAUUUGACUUAUCAGUCAAUUAAACUGUUCUUUGAACUUACAAUGUUUGUGGAGCCACUGCUGAUGGGUUGUUUGCUGACACACUUUCAGCACAGAGACUCGGAACCAGCCUGGAAAGGCUACGCCAUUGUGAUGGGCUUGUUUGCCUCAGCGCUUAUCACCAACACAGGACACAGUCGAGUGUGGACGUCAGUGGACAGGUUGUCUAAGAAUAUCAAGAGUUCUCUCAAAAUGGCGGUGUACAAGAAAGCGUUAAGUGCUAGAAACGAGGGCAAGCGAGACAUUACCACCGGCGAGAUCGUUACUCUGGUCGCAGACGACUGUGAAAAGUUGGUGAACGCCAGCAACAUCGUCUUUCUCAUUUUGGCCACCCCUGUUCAAGUGAGUGUGGCUCUGUACAUGCUCUAUCAACAGUUGGGAACGGGAGCUUUCGUCGGUUUAGCCAUCAUGUUGUCACUUAUUCCCCUCAACGCUUGGGUAGGCAAAAAGCUGAAGAAAUUUGAAAAGGAAAAGAGUGACACCAAAGACAAAAGAAUCAAAAUCAUGAAUGAAGUUCUGAACGGCAUAAAGGUACUGAAACUGUACGCGUGGGAAAAGUCGUUUCUUAAGAAAGUGAUGAGCUCCAGGGAUCAAGAAGUGAGCUUGCAUAAGAAGAUGUGCCUAAUCCAUGCUGGUAUUGACUUUAUGUUCUGUACAAUCCCCUUCAUGGUGCGUGUUGGUGGCUUCAUGACCUUUGUCUGCCUUGGAGGCUACCUCGACCCUUCCACAGCUUUUGUGACCACGUCUUUGUUUGCAAUUUUAAACAAACCUUUCAGCAUCAUGGCCAUCAUUAUACCAGAGUUUGUUCAAGCAUCUGAUGCUCUGACAAAACUGAACAAUUUUCUGAACCUUGAAGACAUUCCAGAAGAUAUUGUCAAGAAAACCAGUGUAUGUAAAGAGUCAAUUACGAUCAAAGAUGGUGUGUUCACCUGGGACAGAUCUAGCUCAAAGAACUGCAUUGAGAACAUAAACGUGAACAUUCCAACAGGCCAGCUUGUCGCCAUUGUAGGAAUGGUAGGAUCAGGAAAAUCUUCACUUCUUUCAGCUAUGCUUGGAGAAAUGGAAAAAGUGGAGGGAGACGUUAUUGUCACUGACUCAACCGCCUACGUUCCCCAAGAGGCUUGGAUUCUAAACACAUCUUUGAAAGAGAACGUUGUAUUUGGAUCCGGGUAUAACACUGAAAAGUAUAGCAAGGUAGUGGACGCCUGUGCUUUGAGAGAUGACUUCAAACUGAUGUCUUCGGGCGAUAAAACCUUAAUAGGAGAAAAAGGCAUCAACUUGUCCGGGGGACAGAAGCAGCGUGUGUCUCUAGCCCGGGCUGUGUACGCCGACGCGGGAAUCUACCUCCUGGACGACCCACUGAGCGCGGUGGACGCUCACGUCGGAAAACACAUCUUUGAUCAAGUGAUCGGGCCUAGAGGGAUGCUGAAAGGCAAGACUCGUGUGCUGGUAACCCAUGGCGUGCACUGGUUGCCCUACGUUGACUCCAUUCUUGUUAUGAAAGAUGGACAGAUCCAAGAGUCGGGAACCUACGAACAGUUGCUGGAACAAAAUGGCGUUUUCUCACAGUUUGUGCAACAAGUAAGCAUGACGGGGAAGAACGAGUGUGAGAGCAAAAGAUCAACGUUUGAUGAAGAGGAGACAGUGUCUGAUAAAGACGAUAAACCCUUUGAAAAAACUGAGGACAUUUCCAAGACCGAAGAAGUUGAACACUGCAGUAAUAAUAUGGAGGACGAGGUUAAGGACACAGAAGAAGGGACUGCCGAGGAAGAUGAAGAAGAAACACAAGUUGGUACGUUAGGAAUAAAGGUGUACAUGGACUAUUUGAAAGCAUUUGGGUUUAAAUACUGCAUUAUGUGUAUUGUCAUGUUCGGACUACACAUGUACUUUAAUGAAAGCAAAGAUCAUCUGAUGGCGAAAUGGUCUGAUGAUGAUCUCCUUUCAAACCGACUCCUCGCUGAAACUCAGGAAUACACAGACAGAACUUGGAAUUACCUUUCUUCAUUUACCAUGUACGGUGUUGCUGAGGUCCUUCUUUCGUUCGGGUUCAUCAGCUUGGUGCUAUGCCGAGGUUGUGAGGCCGCCCAACAUCACCACAACAAGCUACUUCUCAACAUCCUACGAUCUCCCAUGUCAUUCUUCGACCUCACACCCACCGGGAGGAUCAUCAACCGGUUCUCCAAGGACAUCGGCUCUGUGGACGGGCUAGGAGGCUGUCUUCGCGGUUACAUAGCAUCUGUGGGCUGGCUAUCGGUUUGCUUUUGCAUGGUCCUCUACACAACCCCCAGUAUUAUUCCCUACAUGAUCCCAGUAACGGUUGUGUAUCUCGCCAUGCAGCGUGUCUUCAUCGCCAACUUGCGCCAACUUCGCAGAUACAGACAGAAGUCACGAUCUCCUGUGUUUGUUCACCUGAACGAAACCCUCAAUGGAACUGACUCCGUGAGGGCGUAUGGCGUGGAGGAGCGGUUUAUCAACAAGAUGGAGGACAAGCUAGAGAACUUGAUGAAGUUUGAAAUGUCAGAGCACUGGUUUCAUGCCUGGUUCCGCAUGCGCAUGACCGUUCUGUGUUCGGCAGUCACCCUCAUUUCUGGUCUGCUGUUGUUAUGGGAUACCAGCAUUAGCCCUGGUAGGGCCGGUGUGGUGUUGAUGUAUGCCACCAAUUUCAUGCACUGCCUUGGCUGGGUCAUGCAUCAUUCCUGCCACACGGAGACAGAACUCAUCUCUUUAGAGCGCGUAGUCGAUUACUCCAAUAAACCAACGGAAGCGUCGUGGGAGACAGAGGAGGAGAACAAAGCUGAACUUUCUCUCUCCACUCAGUGGCCGGAGAGCGGGGAUCUUGUUUUGGACAACUACCAAACUAGGUACAGAGAGGGUCUGGAUCUGGUGCUGAAAGGUGUGACGUGUCACAUCAAAAGUGGGGAGAAGGUCGGUAUCGUGGGACGCACGGGUGCCGGGAAGUCCUCGCUCACAGUCUCUGUCUUCCGCCUUGUGGAAGCAGCUGUAGGGAAGAUAACUCUGGACGGCCAACACAUCGCCCCUAUCGGGCUGCACGACCUGAGAAGCAAACUCUCCAUUCUCCCCCAAGACCCGGUGAUUUUUGGAGGCUCUCUCAGAAUGAAUCUCGACCCAUUCGGAGACAAGACAUCUGAGGAGCUGUGGGAAGCUUUGAAGCAUUCCCACCUGAAGACAUUUGUAGAAGGCUUGCCAGAUCAGCUGGACCAUGAGUGCGGGGAGGGCGGAAAGAAUCUCAGCAUGGGUCAGCGCCAGUUAGUGUGUCUGGCCCGUACGUUGUUGAGGCAGAGUCCAGUCCUGGUGUUGGACGAAGCCACAGCCGGAGUGGACAUGGAGACGGAUGAGCUCAUCCAGAAAACCAUCAGGUCCGAGUUCCGUUCGUGCACUGUGCUGACCAUUGCCCACAGACUCAACACGGUCAUGGACUAUGACCGCAUCAUGGUGCUGGAUCAGGGCAAAAUCAAAGAGUUUGACGCGCCGCAAAAACUUUUGGCAGACCAAACGUCAGCUUUCUACAGCAUGGCUAAAGAUGCCAAUCUAGUCUAGGUCAUAAUCAUUUUAUUACCAGUCAAUCCGUCCACACACAGAAGCGAGAACUGACUUUGACUUUAUCAUUGUUUGUGGAAAGUUUUACCUUGGCCACAAUUCUUCAUAUUUCUGUGCUAUUAUCAGUGAGUACUAGUGUUAAAACUGCUGAUUAAGUCUUUCUUUAAAUCCUUGGUUUGUUCUGGGCAUGAAUACAACAUUUUCGUGCUUUGUGAAUUUGUAAAAGCCAUAUUGUGUUCAUGAAAUAGACAAUGUAGCAUUAUUUAUGUUUAUUUUUUUCUUUCAGCGUAACUGAUCGAGUACAAUUUUAUUACUGUGGGUUAUCAGAGGUGUCGAUGUUCUGAUAAAAUUCACUCACUUUGUUUGUGUGAUAGAACUUGUCAAGAUCGAAACGUGGCCAUCAACAUUAUUUACAUUUGUUGUCAUUUCUCUGUUUUUGAGAGAAUGAGAAUGUAUGUAUAUGCGUGUGUGUGUUUGUGUGUGUGGGCGAGAUAGAUAAAGAGAGAGAAUGAAGAAGAUGAAGAAA